CGAACCUCCAGGCGCUGGCCAAUAUCUUCCGCCGGCGGAGGCGGGACUUCCGCCUGGAGCCGGAAGCGAGGCUCGUGGGUCUCCCUGGCGCUCUCUCUCUCUCCGUCGCUCGCUCUCGCUCUCCCUCCCAGGCGAGCGAAUUGUGGUUGCUGCUGCUGCUUCUUGGCGUCGAGACGUUCCGGGGCCCGGACCCGCCGCCGCUGCCGUCUCCUCCUUCUCCUCCUCCCGCCUCUCCGCGCCCUUCCCCGCCACCCGCUUGCCGCCCUCCCCCCGCCUGGGCCCCGCUGCUGACUCUGCUCCCUCCCCGCGCGCUCGCUCUAUUUCUCUCUCAACCCCCCUUCCUGGGAUUCGGCGGCGGCGGCGGAGGAGGAGGACGACGACAACCAGGAGCAGCAGCAGGAGCCGCCCCGCCGCCGCCGCCCCCCGCAAGAGAGGAGCCUUCUUCGUUGGCCGCCCGACCUUCGAGCGAGAUCUCUCCGGCCCGCCGGGGCCUUGGCUGGCUGGCUGUUGGCAGGCAGGUAGCUUAGAAGGUGAUCAAUACAGUUCUCUCUGAAGAGCCAGAAAGCCCGCAGCUCAUGACUUCUGAUCAGGACACUAAAGUUGUGGCUGAACCUCAGGUGCAGCAAGUACAAGAAGUUAAAGACAGUUCUCAUCUAGAGUCAGGCAAGGUUUCUGAAUUAAAUCCUAAUGCAAAAGUAUGGGGGAAUCAUAUGUUACACUUGGAAGCAAGUGGUGCCACUGAUGGUAGUGUGAGCAAAACCUGGGAAGAAAUACCAGACCACCCGCCAGAUUCCUGCAAAGAAGGGUUGGAGGCAAAUGGUGAUGGUGAUAAAAAGCACCAGAAUGAAUCGUUAACGGAACUGCAGGAACCAUCGCUAACAGUUCCGGUAUCAGACCAAACAGAUAUGAACCCUUUGGCUCUAGAUCAUUCAGAAUAUGAAUCUAUGCACGAAAAUACACAGACAGGAGGUAAAGAACAGCUGCAGCCAGAAGGUCAAGAAGACUUGCGAGAAGUACUUAAAAAAACACUGGAGUUCUGUUUAUCUAGAGAGAAUCUUGCCAGUGACAUGUACCUUAUAUCUCAGAUGGACAGUGAUCAGUAUGUGCCAAUAAUGACAGUAGCUAACCUUGAUCACGUCAAGAAGCUGAGCACCGAUAUGGAUUUGAUUGUUGAAGUGCUACGAUCAUUGCCUUUAGUCCAAGUGGAUGAGAAGGGUGAAAAGGUCAGGCCAAAUCAGAAUCGCUGCAUUGUGAUUUUACGUGAAGUACCUGAAUCUACACCUAUUGAAGAGGUUGAAGCACUCUUCAAGGGAGAUAACUUGCCUAAAUUCAUCAACUGUGAGUUUGCCUAUAACGACAACUGGUUUAUUACGUUUGAGUCUGAAGCAGAUGCACAGCAGGCUUACAGAUACCUUAGAGAAGAAGUGAAAACUUUCCAAGGAAAACCUAUCAAGGCAAGAAUAAAAGCGAAGGCGAUAGCUAUAAAUACAUUUUUGCCAAAGAAUGGAUACAGACCUCUAGACAUGAACAUCUACACACAGCAGCGUUACACAGCAUCAUUUUACUUACCUCCAGUAUACAGCCCCCAACAGCAGUUUCCGCUGUACAGCUUAAUUGCCCCACAGACUUGGUCAACUGCCCACAGCUAUCUUGAUCCAUCACUGGUAACGCCAUUUCCGAAUACUGGAUUUAUCAAUGGUUUUACAUCUCCUACUUUCAAACCUACUACUUCUCCACUUGCUUCACUAAGACAGUAUACUCCCAGAAACAGGAAUCCCAGCAAAUCACAUCUACGGCAUACAAUACCCAGUGCGGACAGAGGGCCUGGACUUCUAGAGAGCCCAACAAUAUUCAAUUUUUCUGCUGACCGCUUAAUCAAUGGUGUUAGAAGCCCACAAACAAGACAGCCAGGGCAAAACAGAACACGCAUGCAAACUGCUUCCAGCUAUACCAAGCGGGAGGUAGGGAGUGGACGAGUCGAACCCACAACUUCUGACUCAUCCCCAAGCUUAGGCAGAGGAAGAAAAAAUUCAUAUGGCUAUCGAAAGAAGAGAGAGGACAAGUUCACGAGAGGGCAAACACAGUCUCCACCCCCUCAAAAACCUCCAUCUCCAAGCUUCGAAUUGGGACUGUCCAGUUUUCCGCCAUUGCCUGGAGCUGCUGGCAAUCUAAAGACAGAAGACUUGUUUGAGAACCGGUUGUCAAAUGUGAUAGUAGGAACAUCAAAGGAAAGAAACCUCAACGUGGAUGCAAGUACAAACACUAUUCCAUCAGGAAUUCCUCGAGAGCCUUUGCUGCCAGUUUCUUCUGUUCUACCAGGAACAUUUGAGAGGUCUCCUUCCCCAUCCCAGUCUCCUGAUGACUCCAAAGCAAUGGAAAAGCAGCAGAGAGACACACAAAAUAUGGAAAGACUUUCCUCCGCACUCACUACUGCUUGCAAAUCAGUACAAGUCAAUGGGGCUGCUGUAGUAGAAUUGCGAAAACCUAGUUAUGCAGAGAUCUGCCAGAGGACAACUAAGGACCCGCCUCCACUGCAGCCCCAGAAGGAACAGAAGCCAAACACGGUCGCCUGUGGGAAAGAUGAAAGGAAGCCCACAGAAACACUAGAAAGAAGCAAAGAACCCCCUCCUGUGAAGCCUAAUCCAGGGCAGCCCAAAGACCAGAGAAGGCAGUCGGGACGCAGAUCGCCACCUCCGGCUGUUGGGAAACGUCUCGUUAAAGAACAGAGCACCCCUCCCAAAUCUCCUCAGUGAAACUAGUGCUUAGGAGGAGGUUCAAAAAGUUCUCACCCUGAAGUAAAUCCCUGUUGCCACUCAGAGUACAAAGAAUGAGCUGCUGGUUAGGAGCUUGCAGUGGGUAUUAAGAAUAUGAAAUGCCUGCAAGUUGAUCCCCCCCCCCUUUUUUGUAAAAUAGAUUGCUCCUCCAAUUCUCUUGCUCCCCUCAUCAAAUUCCCCUUGAGCAAACAGUCUACUCUGUCAGGGUUUAAUUAAUCUAAACCUUACAUUUAGGUUGGUGCUGAAAUGGAGGUGAUGCCGAAAAUCUUUUUUUUUUUUUCUAGAUGGAAAAUGCAUUUAUCUGAGAAAAUCAAUUUUUUUAUUAAGCCUCCAUGUGGCUGUGUGAAUACAAGCUCUAUCUAAUGAGUUUUUUCCUAAUCUACUAAGCAGAAUUGUGCUGCUGUAGUUUUUAAAUAACUGAUCUGUAAGUACAUAUCCUCUAAAAUGUGUCCAGAAAACUAAUAACAGCCGCUAUUAUUUAGAGUGCAAGGAAAAACAGGCGUUUUAUAAGAUCGUACGACAAGUUCGAUUUUUCUUAUUUUCUUUUUAAAUUCUGGAUGCUGUAGCACAUCAAAGAAAUUAUACUUUUAGGUUUAAAUAUACAUGUGAUUCUAAUGUUUUAAAAUUGAGCUGUUUUUGUUGUUGGCCAAAUAUGAACCUCAUAAAGAUCACCUCCGAGGCUUCUCUAGAAUUAUUUGUUUUGAUGGACUGCAAGCAAGUAACCAGCUUCUCAAUCCAGAAUAAAAUGGUUCCUUGAAUUUUCAGGAAAAGAAAAAACAAAGCACAUUGUGAAUAGAAAAUAAUUAAGUACAUCAGCCCUUGUAAAUGGCAGAUGCCAGCUAAUGGCUGUGUUUCACAAGAUAGCACAAUAGCACUCUUGUGAUGAGAAACUCUCAAUUUUUCCCCCUCUCAGCCAGAGGAAAUUGAUUUCAAGUCACCACUGUCCUUUCUGGUUUACCCCGUGCUCUGUGUAGGGUUUUUUAACUAUAUGCUCAAAGUGCUCUUUGAAAGAGUUCAUAUCUUAAUUGGCCUAAGUGCUGAUACCUUUCUGUACCUACAAAGAUUGGCAUGUGGAUUUAAACUCUUUUCAUUCUCUGAGAUAAUGGAGUUCUUUUUGCCGGGGGGGGCGGGGGGGAGCGUGUGUGUGUGUGGUGGAGGAAGGGAUCCCUGUUUCCGUCUGGGGUAAAUUUUGUCACACUUACUUUAAAAGUGACAUGCUUUUCUGAAGGACGAGGAUGCACUAAAUUAGCAAGUUUCUAAUAAAGUUGACUAUAAAUUAUUUUUGUUUUAAAAUGCCUAAAGUUUUUUCUUUUGAGUGUUUAAGCAGCAGAUGAUUCAGAUGAAAAUGUUUUCCUGCUGAAUACAGUUUAUUCCACAAAAAAAGUUUAUUUAAACAACUGAUUUUUUUAAAGAAUUAUUUCCAUCCAAUAUUUAAAGACUUGAAUUUUAUUUAAACUUGAAAAUGACUUUGCCUUAACUUUUGUACAAGACAGCUUAGAGUUAUGGAAGUCUGACCCCCUCAAGGGUUAGUGUGGGGGGGCAUAGACAGAACUACUCAGUUAACAGUAUGUAUGUAUUGUCACUGGUCUUACUGAGUAAACAUACUGUAGUACAGAAACUAGUGGCAGUUUUUUUGUAAAAUAUACCUUAAAAGAUCUUAAGCAGUUGAUCUUUUUUCAAAAUGUUGAAAAAUCUGUAAAUGGAAAUAGUCAAUACUGUAUUAAAUAUGUGCACUUGGAAGUGUGUGCUUUGCUUGUACAGUUGUAAAUAAUCAGAACAUAUAAAAAGGUACCCUUAAAAAAAACUGAUAAAAAUUAUUGAUAUAUUAUAAAUGUUGAUGUUGAGCUGGAUGUAGAUAAAACUAAAUGUUGUGGUUUUGAAUAUUACUUUAAUUUGUUGUUUUUAUUUCCUUGUUUCUUUUACUUUAUUCUGGAGUGCUGAGUUGAGUCUGCCUCUUCACUGCAAAAGGGAAUUGGAGCAAGUUUGUCUUAAGCCCUGUGAAAUCUUUUAAAACUUUCUUGAAUUGUACAUUUCAACCAGUGUGAGAACAUUGUGUGAAAGAAUGGAAAAUCACAUCUUAUAAGCUGCAAUUAUUAUUGUUGUUGUUAUUAUUAUUAUUUUAAAAUGCCUGAAUUGGAAAGAAAUAACAUUGCCACAGAAUCAGUAGCCCCAAAGUUUACUUAAGCCCCUUUAGCCAGGGGUGGGCAAUUUUGGUUCUCCAGCUAUUGUUAAACUACCACUCCCAUCAUCCCCAGUCACAAUAAAUUGUGGCUGGGGGUGAUGGGAAUGGUAGUUCCACAGCUGAAGAGCCAAGGUUGCCUACCCUUGCCAUAGGCCAAAAUAUUAGCAAGUUGCAUUUAAGUUUCCAUGUAGCUAUAAAGUACCUAGGGCAGUUGAUUACCUAGCAUAGUUGCUGCUAUUUUAAUUGACCAUUUUAAAGAAGGGAAGACAACCUGCUUUUUGCACUGCAGAACUUACAAUGAGCAAGCUGGGAGCUGUGUGCAUGCCUUCCUGAAAAGGCACCCUUGGAGAUGCCGUGGGAGGAGGUGGAGACUCGUGCAACUCCCAAUUAAAAAACAAAUGAUGAUCAGAACUGGUACUGCUGUGGAAUUUUAAUGUUUUAUCGUUUUACCCAGUAAGCAGUGGAAAUGGCAGCUAGAUUGGGGCAUGAUUUAGGCCAGUUGUAAGAUUUUAGUUUGCUUGUUCAGAAAUGCAAACAACGUAGGAAUUGGCCACAAUGACAUGGACAGCUGGGUCAUUCAUUUGAGUGUAUAUAGAGCAGACCAGAAAGUGAGUUGUACUGUUGGGACUGCAUUUUGCUGCCUCUUGUACUAGGUUGAUACACUGUAAUUACUUCUCGCCCAAAUCUGUGUAAAGCAUUUAAAAUGUUACAUUGAUAGCUUUUUUAAAAGUGACAUGCCAAAUAACUUCACCAAUCACUUUAAUACUUUCUCCCCACUCAGGCAGUAUAGCACUACUAGAACAGAAAUGUGAUGUCCUGUAGACUGUUUACAUAGAGAGAUUCAUAUCUGACAUUUACAAAAUAAAAACUAUCCCUGAAAAUCUGAGUUGCAGGUUAGAAUAGGGGUUCUCAAACUUGGUCCCCAGAUGUUGCCAGACUCUAACAUCUGGGAAUCCAAGCUUGAGAACCCCGGGUUAGAAAAAUAGCAACCAAUUACGAUUGGCUUUAUUUUAACUGAUAGGACUGCUUUGGUGCUCUUCAUAUGGAACUAGAAUGCAGGUUUUUCUGAGGCUCUUGGUUCAAGGAAUGUAUUUAAAACAAGAAUUUGCUUCUGAAUACUUUAAUAUGUACAUUUUAAUUUUGCAUUACCCUCCUGCCAUGUGAUUUCCCCCCCCCCAUCUUCUCACAGAGAAACCAGUAAAUUGUCAGGCUCAAUUUUUAGUUUUUAAUAACUUUUUGUUGCUGCCCUCAUCUAAAGACAUAACCAGUUGGCACAGAGAUUCCCUUGUUUCCCAGAGUGAUGCAGUAUAUCAUGAACAACCUCUGACUGUAAGGGUCCACACCAAUCUCUGUAUCUCUUCCAGCUAGCUGCAGUUUUUACAUGUUGUGUAGCCUGUUACACUGACAGCAGCAGACAAUCGAAGACACCUGAGCUAACAGCUGCCAAGUCAUGAAACAGAAGGUGUAAUAUGGAGGCCUUUUUCUGAGGGUUUUUGUUUUGUUCCAUUUUAAUACUGGAAUCAAGCUUACAUGUAAACUAUUGGUAAUUUAAGUUUCCUUUUUGUGUCAUAAAAUGUACAACUGUCUCUAAAAAAAAAUGUAGGUUAUGAAAAAUAAAGAUUUAGGCACUGUUGAAUUUCUCUUUUUUUAAAUUAAACUUCUUACAACAGUA